AUGGAUCGUAAUCCAUUGAGAAGUAAUAACCACUAUACUAAUGAAGCAUUAAAUGAUGAUGAGAAUACAUGGGCUCAUACACAGAAUGAAGAAGAUUUUGUACAUGGUAAUACUCGAGGGGUACGAGUAAGAACAAGGGAAAAUAGAGAAUUAUGGGAAAACAAUGAAUUAGGGGAAAACAAAGAAUUAGGGGAAAAAAACGAAUUAGGGGAAAAAAACGAAUUAGGGGAAAAAAACGAAUUAGGGGAAAAAAACGAAUUAGGGGAAAAAAACGAAUUAGGGGAAAAAAACGAAUUAAGGGAAGAAAACAAGUUAAGAGAAAAUGUAGAGGACCAAAGAAAAACAGAUUUAAAGGAAAAGGCAAGACGAAAAGCAGACUGUGUUGUAACUGAUGCUCAAACGACAUUCUCACUCAUUCAGGCAAUUAUUUUUGCCGCCGCUGUUUUCCUGAAUGUAAUCCUUCUGAAUAAGAAUGUGUACAUAGGAAGCGAGAUGAGCGAACAUUUGUACUUAUCAAGAGGAGCAGGAAGAGUAGUAAACGCAAGAAAUAUAAAUGAAAAUGUAGAGAAUGUUCGGUCUAAUGAAACAACACCGGAAGAUUUGAACUUUAAUAUUUCCGAUGAAAUACCUUCUUCUAAUUGCCAUACAAAAGUAUCUAGUCAUGAGGAUCAAACUCCUCAAACAAGUGAACAUGAUGAUAUGUUGACUUUACUUGACAAUGAAUUGUAUUAUGAUUAUGAAAAUUAUAAAGAUGAAGAAGACUAUGUAAAAGAUAAUUAUUAUCAAGAGGAUAAUAAUGGAAACUACCCAAACGAAUUAGAUCAUAGGGGCCACGACUAUCAUGAGGACCAUUAUAAUUAUACAGACAAAUAUUAUCAUAGAGAACAUGAUAAUCAGAGAAUAAAUGAUAAUCAAAGAAUAAAUGAUAAUCAAAGAAUAAAUGAUAAUCAAAGAAUAAAUGAUAAUCAAAGAAUAAAUGAUAAUCAAAGAAUAAAUGAUAAUCAAAGAAUAAAUAAUAAUAAAUGA